ACAUUUUACUGCUAACCCAGGUUUAAAUGUUGAUCGUUCUUUCUUCUCGAUUUUGCUGGAGAAGUCAAUUUGAAUGAAAAAUCCCCAGAACCAUGUUUGAAUCCCAGAACCAGAGCAACUACCCAAGUCGUUGCAACCUAAUUGGUCGUUGCAUACUCUCCUGUAUCUUCGUCUUCCUCACUCACUUAACCCUCUCUGGGAUCCCUCGCUUCUUCUCCACCUUCUCCUUUCUAACCCAACUCGCUCUCUCGGCUCUGCUUCUUCUGCUGCUCCUGGGUUUUGGCGGAUGGUGCAGAAGAACGGUUCUUAAAGCGAAAGCUUCUGCCCCGGCUUUCGUCUUCUUCAGCAUUCUCUUCGUUUGGGGGUUUUACUUCUCUGUAAUCCGACCAGUCGUGCCGCGACCAAACGAUGUCGUUUUCAACUGUGGAGUUGGGUUCCUGUUUGUUGGUCUCUACAGAAUCAUGACAAGUGACCCUGGCAUUGUAAGAAAUGGGUCUGCCUCUCCGGACCAGCUUGUGGAGAGAUCACUUUCUCAAGUUGAUGAGGAGUUGGAGCUCAUGGCAAUUGGUUUGGGCCAUGGAUCAGCACAAGAUUCAGGUUUGUUAAUGAGGGUAAGAUACUGCAAAAUCUGCAAAGCAUACAUAAAGGAUCUUGACCAUCAUUGUCCUGCUUUCGGAAAUUGCAUAGGUCAAAAUAAUCACCCCUUUUUCUUAAUUCUUCUGUUUGGAUUUAUUGGUACCGAAGCUUCUUAUCUGAUGUGCACAUCACUCUUUGCAGCAAAAUCCGGGAUCUUGGAUAGACCUUCAGAGCUUACUCUCUCUGAAAGUUUAGCUAUUAGCACAAUUCUGUUCAUCAUUCUCCAACUGUUAUGGCAGGUAAUGUUUGUGAUAUGGCACAUAUAUUGUGUAUGCGCGAACAUCAGAACUGAUGAGUGGAUAAAAUGGAAAAAGUAUCCAGAGUUCCAACUUGUUAUUCCGCCCGAACCAGGUCAGAGGUUCACAAAUAUUAGGUUCUGUAAUCCAUAUGACAAAGGCAUGGUACAGAAUGUGAAGGAGUUUCUAGCACUAAGAACAUAGAAAUUGCCAAUGCUUGUUACUGCAGAAUUCUUGAAUGGUCGUCAGUUUUCCAUCCAUGAAGGAAGCAAUCAUCCUCUGUUGCUUCUUCUAUAUACCAGCAUUUGGAGUAACAUGCAUGAUGAGCCUUUGGGAGGUAUGGAUUCAUACAAAAGCAUUCUAUUUGCUUUGAUUUAGAAGGGAAACAAAUUAUAAUGUUUGACAUAUAUUAAGCACUCAUCCGGCCUUAUCAGUUUCACACCAGGUCUCUGAUAUUAAUAUAUUACCAUAAUUACAGCAAUAAUACUUGAAGCUUUGCCUUAAAUAAUGGAUUUAGUGUGAUGUUCUUCUUCUUCUUCUUUUAUUUUUGGUAGACCAUAGUUCACGAAAUGAAGUUUUGAACAAUAGAGUAGGGUAAUAAAAGUAGGCAUUCUAUACCAUACCCCUCUUAAAUGCAUAGAUUAUAAAGGGAAAGUAAGUGACACAGUUUAAAGUCUUGCCAUUGGAGAUGCUAUUACCAGUAGUGUAGUUUACGACAUAGAAAUGCAACACCUGAAAUAAUAAGAAUUCUUAUGAAAAAGUUUCAAAGUCUCAAAUAGGUAGCAGAUUAACUCUGACUCUCUCCAUUUGGUUCACCAAUUCCUAUCGAUCCCCUUCUUGUGUCUAUUUUCAGCUCAAUCUCCUUUUUGUUGCUGGUUUCUGGCUAGUUAUUGAGAGUACGUUCUUUGGUGCUUUUUAAUGGCUUUGAGAAUCCCAAGUGCUUCUGCUCAUUAGUGGAAGCAUGAUGUAUUUUCGAGUUUCAGGGGUGAAACUCGUCAUGGUGUUGUGUCCCAAUUAUAUGAUGAAUUGGAAAGCACAGGGAUGAACACAUUCAUGGAUGAAGAAGAGCUGGAAGUAGGGAAGGCCAUUUCUCCAAAUCUGCUAAUGGCAAUUGAAAAUUCAAGAUCCUUCUCAUGUACGACAUCAACUGGGAAGUUUUGCAGAAGCCUUUACUAAGCAUGAAGAAAGUUCUAGGCAAAGCAAAGAGAAGUUGGACUAGUGGAGACUUGCUUUGAAAAAUGUUUCCGAUCUCUCUGGAUGGGAUACCAAGAAUUUGCGGUCCGAAAGAGAACUUGUUAAACGCAUUGUGAAAUUUGUCUGCAAUAAGGUACUUCAGAAAUCUACCAAGCUGUAUGAUGUAUCAAGGACAGUAGCUAUACAAUGUGGUGGUCUCCCACUUGCAUUAAUCACAGUUGCUCAGGCACUUGGUGAUAAAGACAUAGAAAACUGGAAAGAAGCAGCUCAACGACUAGACAGGUCCCAAAUUGAGGGAGAUGUAUACAAAUGCAUAAAGUUCAGCUAUGAUUACUUGAGAUCUGAUGAUGCCAAAUCAAUCUUCUUGCUUUCCUGCCUAUUCCGAGGGGACUAUGAUAUCCCAUCUGAAUACUUGCUCAAAUAUGCAAUCGGUAAAGGGUUGUUUCAAGACGUCAGCAUAAUCCAAGAAGCUAGAGCUGCAGCGAAUUUGGUGAUAAAGUCUCUUAAAGCUUUCAGCCUACUUUUGGAAGGUACAAAGGAGGGAUGUGUAAGGAUGCAUGAUGUCGUGCGCGUUGUAGCCUUGUCAAUUUCGUUUUCUGAAGAUGGUCAUAAAUUUUUGGUGAAAGCUGGUUGUCAAUUACAACGUUGGCCAAAGAUCAUAGCGCAUGGAGGCUACUCUGUUAUCUCACUGAUGAGGAACAAAAUUUGCAAUCUUCCCAAAGAGACGGCAAUGCUCAAAACUCCAUAUUUUGUUACUACAAAAUAAUGCUGGUAUACGUGUGAUCCCAAGUAAGUUUUUUCAGAGUAUGAAUGGACUGAUGGUCCUGGAUCUUAGCAGCUCCACCAGUAUCUUAUCUCUACCCUGGUUGUUGGGUCUCCUCACCAUUCUCCAAGGUUUGUAUUUGGAUUAUUGCAAUAAGAUCAUUGACAUAUCCAUAUUGGUAAGAAACUUGAAAUUCUUAGUAUGAAAGAAUCUCCUUUUGAGGAGUUGCCAAGAGAAAUAGAAGAUUUGACCAAUCUAAGGGAUGCUGGACUUAAGUGGGAGUUUUAUUGGUAGAGUUCCAUCUGAUAUAAUGUCAAAGUUAUUUAAAUUAGAAGAAUUAUACAUGCAAGGUAAUUUUGGGGACUGGGGGAGAGGACGAUACAACACUAGUGCUGGUUUUGAUGAAUUGACUAGCUUGCAGUAUUUAAACAUUUUGAAGCUUUGCAUAUCUGAUGCACAAAAAUGUUGUACUCAACUUCAAUUGGAUAGUUUCCGAUAUAUGUAACAGCAGAGAAUCACCAUCUAGAGACUACUCUUCAAAACCAUACAUUUCACAUGAUCUUUCAGGAACUACAAUCAACACAGUACCUAAAGUGCUGAGAAAGCAGGAUGGUUUAUCAAAGUGGUUGCUGAGAAAGCAGAGAAACUACAGUACCUAAAGUGCAAAAGCCUGAAGAACGUUCUUGUGGAACAUGACAAAGGGAGGUUAUGUGGACUGAAGUAUCUAGCUGUAAUUGGUCCCCAUGAGUGCUUGGGAGUGUUGAUGGAAACAAUCACACAGGUGCCAAAUGUACCUGUGUUCGAGAACUUGGAAGAGUUGCAUCUCCUUGGUGUGAGUUUUCUGAAGGAGUUAUGUGUUGGUGAAUUACCACAUGGAUCUUUAUUCAAUCUGAAGUCAUAAAAGUGGAAUAUUGCCAUGAUUUGAUGAAUGCACUUUUGCAAUCAAAUUUGUUGCAAAGACUACAAAAUCUGGAAAAACUUCACUGUGAAGAUAUGAUUAUCAUGGAGUAUGUCUUUGGAUUUGAAGGGCUGGAGCCAGAGGUUUUAAAGGACUAAUGAAAUUUAUAAUUUCAUUAGUCCUACUUAAAAACAUUUGCCUUUUCUUUUUCCCCAGUUCAGCAGGUUCAUACAAUUCCGAUUAUCCCAUAAUUAUAUUUCCAAGGACAUGCUCGGUUUGCAGAUAUAAUUCGUUUUGCAUUUAAACAUUUUUUUUUUAAAUUCUGAUUGUGCAAUU